AUGCUCGUAGUAGUAAAAUCAUCCGGCCGGUGUGGAAUUUAGCAAAACUCAAUUAAAAUUUGUGAUUAACAAUGAAUAGUACGAAUCAAACCCAAAUAACUAAUAUGUUUGGCGUUGUUGGCUGCUACCAAAUGUUUCCAUAAAUUUAUCAAAGUCAAGUAUUAAACGUUGGUUGGUGGAUCAUAGCAAAAAUGGAUUUGGAACUUUUGUUGAAGGUUUUUGACAAAAGGCAACUACACUCCUUGACCUCUGAAACGGCCUUUGAUAAUGCUCAACUGAUCUUGGAAUGCUUUCGCCUUCACAUUGACCAUAACAAACUAGAUGUAUACCUCGGACAAAUAUUCUGUGAAGAGAAUGAAGGAGUGCAAAAUUUUCUUAAGGCAAAAUUGGCAGAGAAACCCUUCAAUUCCAGCAAGGAACAGUUUCUUUUACUUUUCAAAUUCAUUUUGUCCAAUGACCAAAAGAUUCAAGGAUGGGAAAAUCUGGUUUCUCCAUUUUGUAAAAAUUUCAUGGAUAUAGGGAAAUUAUACUGGAGAAACUCAAGCGAGCCUGCCAAACAUCAACAACUAGCAUUGGAUUGCUUGAUAGCCCUUUUUGAACAUUAUGGGGAAUAUAUGGGGGGUUUUGAACUUCCUACGUUAUAUUGGGAUUUGUUAAGAGACUCUGAAAAGUCUUCGUUCCAACCAAGCGUGAGGGGAAAGAUUUUCCAUGCAUUAGGUUGCAUCGCAUCCUUGACGCACAAUACACUAUUUGCUCGAAAAGACUAUUUUCAGCAAUUGUACUCUCAUAUUGUUCACACUAUGAGAGGACAGGUUGAAUCAAUUGAUACCCAUCUUGAAGUAACAAUUCUUCAUGGAUGCCUCAAAGCUAUGGAUAAGCUUCUGCAGUAUUUCAGCACACAAAUAGAUAAAACGGAAAUGGAAUGGGUACAAUUUUAUAAGAAUCUAGUUCAAAUUGUGGAUCCAAAGUGCUCAAUCAUCAAGGACGAUACCCAAGGAAAAAUUACUUAUCUAAAACGUCGAGAAUUUCAACGAGUUGGACUAGAACUGGUUGCAAACAAUAAGGAAUUGCUAUAUAAAGAACUUUUCAAUAAUUACAAACAAUGGUAUUUUGAUCUUUUGGCUUGGUCAAAGUCUAGUAAUGCAAGUGACAAUAGUGUGGGAAGAAAGGCAAUGUUGGCAUAUCUCAAAGCUGUAUUUGACUACGUAUUGAAAGAAGCGGAUGUGUUGCAAUCGGAUUUUCUUGACGGAUUUGUUUCGUUCUUCAUUGAAACUUUUUCGCAAAUCUUGGCAUCCGAGAAGUCGAGGAGAAAUGAAACAAUUAUCGCCAUCACAGGAAUUGGUCUCUUAUCUCCGCUUUGCAAGAAUGCAAGUAACGCUAGAGUGGUUGCUGAUCAAGUAUUUGAAAAUAUUGCGAAAAUCAUUUUCGAAUUGAAUCAUCCCGUUGCUGAUAUUUAUAGUGGUUCCUUGACUUUGGUAUCCAAUUAUCUUGAGACUAUAAGUAAUCUGCUACUUUACUUGAUUGAAGAGGAUAAGGAAACCGAUCCCAUUGCCAACUCAAAAUUUCUUGGUCAAAUUAAUUUGGUUGAACAAAUUUCAGUACAAUUUCUAAUGUUCUAUCCCCAACUGGGUGCUUAUCAAAGAAAAUAUGGACACCAGUGCUUCCUCAAAAUUAUCAACAGCUUGUACACAAAGCAUAAUCAAACAUGCAUUCCUUUCAUCGACAGAACAUUACCUGUUGUAUUAUCUCAAGUUAUUGCUUCUCCCACUGCGGCUGAGUUAGAAAUUCUUACUGAUGCGUGGAAAGCAAUCAACGAGACGCAUUCGAAACGAGAAGCAAAACGUCCUCUAGAGUUGAAAGGAGUAUCAUCCUAUCUGGGAAUUUGGGUUAACAUGGUCAAUGCCAAAAUGGAACCAAUUCCUGCUAAAUUAAUUUAUGAUGGAAUUAUUUCAUGGAGUUUGUUAACAAUUGAUAAACUGGAUUUAACUAUGAUACUCGGUGCAGAUGAUGAUCAGAACAGCGUUGUUGGCCAGGAGGAACAACAUCCUUCUGAUAUCUAUUCUAGCAUGACUGCAGUUAAACCUAAAGAUUUUCAAUUACUAAUAAAUUUGAUAGAAUUUCUCCAAAAAUUCCUCAACAGUGCUUCUGACGAAACCAUGUUUAGCAAUUGGGUGGAAGAAUUUGUUAUCAAAGUUACUGAUCACGCUAUUAAGAACCCUUUCGUCAGUGCAUUUUAUAAAAUACUCGCAACAGCACUGCAAGUUUCCGACAAACUCAACUACUUUGAUCCAAAUUCAUUUACUGCAGGAAGGAUUAAAGUGCAAGAAAAAUGUAGCGAGUUUAUGAAAUCAAUCUUGAUAAAAAUGGACACUUUUCGAGACGAUUUGCUUAUAUCCGUCUUGGAGCUCUGGCUUUCAAUUCCCGAUAUAAUUUUGGUGCAAAAUGAAGAAAGUUGGUGCUUGACCUUGCAGAAAAUAUUCCAAACUGGACGCUUGCACCUGCCUUUGGCCGACAAAUCUGCUGAUGCCCUUCAAAGGUGGAUGACAUUGGACAGCAUUCCUCGAGAAAUAAUAGAAGAUAUUGUGGUCAAGUUAUUUCCACUUUGGCGUACCUAUUUCUUAGCCGAAGGGUCACAUCAUUUGCAAAUGCCUAAUAAGAGUUUGGAUUCCACAAAGUUUUCAAAGAAACAAGAUGAAGUCGAACUAAUUCGUAGCACUACCCAAGAUGACGAAAUCCUCAAGAGAGUACAAGUGAAGCUUUUGAAAGUGAUUGGAUCCUUUGCGCACGUCAUUGAUUUGGGAAGUGACCAUUCAACAGAUAUCUGUCUGGAACAGAACUACAGUAUUCUUAAGCUCAAAAUCCCACUUGGCCAAACUACUUUUGAUAUUUAUUUAGACUUCAUUUGUCCAAGAGUAAUAAAGCUGAGCGAGGAAUCUGCAAAUCGUCAAGUUCGAACCACGGCUUGUGAAUUCUUGCACACUUUAUUUCUCUACUUCUUGGGCGAUAGUGUUAGAUCAAAUAACACUGGACAGCAGGCCAUACAUUUGUUUGUCACAUUGUUUACAACAAUUAUGAAACUCAGUGGAGACUCAGAUUUCUUAAUUCGGCAACUUUUCAACCCCUUAGCUACACAAUCUGUGCAUUGGUUUACAAAACAGAAAAAUGCUUAUUCUGACUCAAUUCUUCAAAUAAUUGUGGACGGUCUUGUGUCGGACGACUCGCGGCUAAAAGACUUCUCCUCAGACUGCUUGUACGAGUUUUUCAAAUGGGCUUUAAAACAUGACACCAAACUACUUGUCAAGGACGUUAUUCAGUACAUUAUGGCGUUAAGUUCACAUGCUAAUGUAAAAUACAGACUAGGUUCUUGUGUCGCAUUCAAUUCUAUAUACCGAGACUUUCGAGAAGACUUUGAAUUGGUCAAUUGUUACAGCAUAGUACUAAUGAAUGGAUUUUUAGCAAGCCUGUCGGUGUUGCAACCCAAUGAGACUGACUCCAUCAUUGCAAAAUCCACGAAACAAUCAAUUUCUCACCUCGAAAGAAUUAUUACCAAGAAGAAGGACAAUUUUAACAACAAAAUUGGGGAUAGAAAGAAUCCACCUUGGUUUCGCGGAGAUAAAAUUCAAUUUCGAGAUCUGGCCGAUUGGUUAGUACUUCAACUUGGAAAACCCGAAAACGUUUAUCGAGAGGAGUGCGGCAGAUUGUUGAAAGUUAUUGCACCCAUUGUUCGCGGUUGUGGGUCAGUUGAAGCAUAUUUAGUAUCCUGUGCUUUUGAUGAACCGACAAUUAUUCGCACCAGUGAACGAUGCAAAAUUUCAAUCGACGUUGAAGACAUGAAUAUGGAAGAACUUUUAACAUUUUUGGACUCAGCCGCAGAUUGCUAUACAUUCUUUUAUGAUCACAAUUGUUUAAACUUUACGGUUUUUCAGCAUCCAAAUUCAAGAUUCGUAACUGCAGCCAUGGUCAUGUUUUCAAAAUUUCAAUAUUGUGAAAAAGUGCAAUUAGAAACGCUUGCACGAAUAUCCGUGCGUCUGCAGAAACUGGAACCUGCUCUGACGGACUUUCAAAGAAAUGAAUUUCAAAAGUUUCUAAUCAAGAUAUCUAAAAUCAUGAUCAGUGAAGAGAAUGUGUCCAGUAUAUUGCAAAUCUUAGUCCAUUCAAAAUCAACUUGGAGUCAAGAAGUCAGAGUCGAGUUAAAACGUGAAUUUAGCCGUGACAAAAUACAGCAAGACUUAUUACAAACCAAGAAUUUUCUUCAAUUGCAAUGGCUGCGUUUGGCUAUCGAUAAUAACCUGAUGGACUUGGACGCAUCGACAUCGAGCGAUACACAAGUUUUGUUGGAUCUAUUUUGGAACAAUUUAAAAAGAAAAUUGUUCGGACCAAGUGAAGAUGAUUCCUCGUUAAAAAGUUCCGACAUCCUCGAACUAAAUUCAGAUGAGUUGGAAGAACUGCUCAAAAUCUGCAUUGAGUUAGGAAUUGGAUGUGAAACCGUUUUAGAUACUGCUUUAGACACGCAACUAUUUCGUGGAAUAUCAAAACGGAAUGUUCCUGACAUCCUUAGUACCAGGGGAGAGUUUUUUCUGAAACACCUUGUCUGUGGUAUGUUUCAUCCCACGUUAAUUGACUUUGUUCACAUGUCAAUGCGUGUAAAGAUUGAAAAAAUUGGAUCCUACAUUGAAUUUUUAUUGGGAGCAAUUCAAGGGAGCAAAUCUCUUCGUCAGAAGGCUGGAAAUUUACUAUUUGAAAGCAUAAUCAAGAUAUGGACCCAGAUAUCUGUUAACUGUGAUAAAUAUACGGUACUUAGAAUUCUUUCAGGUCUAGUUUGGCUGGACUUGAAGGGUUCUCGUGAUUCUAUUGAACUUAGUCAUUGGUGGUGUGGAAAAGACGCUAUGGGUGCUGCGAAUAUAGAUUUUAGUGAGCAAGGUGAAAUUAUUGGAUUCAUGGGCCUUUUUGGACAAUCCAGUGAUUCAAGAAUAGUUGAAUCUGUAAUAAACACUACAAAGAAAUUGAUACAUCAUAAUUUUCCUGCCUCUGCAAAUCAUCAAGAGUUUAUAUCCGCACUGGUUAAACAAAUCCUAGGGUUGUUUCAACGAGACCCGAAAAAUUUGAAGAUACUAGAAUUACUGCUGGCAACAAUGUUUAAAAUGUCCACCUUUCCUGAUGAACUGAAUUUUCUGUACAAAGCUAUUGCUCAGCGUCUUAUGAAACUCUCACAAGCUUAUGCGAGUGAUAAAGAUGCUGUUGACACCAGUAGCUUUAUAUUAGAGACGAUCAUGUCUGCAAAAGAAUAUGAAAACAAUCGGAAUGUCUUUCUGUAUUGCUUACGUCCGACGUUGGUUGGGAUGCGCAAUUCUGCAUUUAGAUUGUUUUUCAAAGGAAAAAUUAAGUUAUUAAUGGACACAUUGCUAGAUAGUACUAAACCAGCGUCUUCAGUCUUUCAUCUAAAUGUUGACCGAAUUGUUUACAACUUACUAUCAAUGAUUCCAAAGAGAAAUGGGGCAAGAUUGCUUUUGGCUGAAUUAACGGCUGAAUAUCAACAAUGUCAAACAAGGGCAGGAAUUCCAGAGUCUGAGAGAAAAAGCAUCUUGAAAGUUAUAUCGUCCGCGUUCCUACAGAUUAAACAACGAAAAAUGCCUAUUACCAACGUGUAUGAGAUGCAGUGUCACAGUUCAGCAUAUCACACACUUUCAGUUAUACUGGUGGUUUCUGAAAAUCUUCCAAAUCAUCGAUUAUUGAUGGAAGGCCUAUUAAUUCAUGAAGACAAAUCAAAAAGAAAAUAUUUGUGGGAAACCUUUAUCGACUGUUCAAAGGAUAUUCAAGACUAUUUUCCAGUGCUAUUUGAACCUACUAAUAAGGCGCAAUCAAAUGUUGAGAACAUUGCAGCUUCUUCAGGGUCAACCGCAGCGGAGAAUAUCAUUUUAUCUGCAACUGCCGCAGCUACGCAAUCUGCAAAAGCCAGGAUUAAUUUAGCAUCAAGUAGCUUGUAUGGAGAAAAUUCAGCAAAUAAUUUCGAUUUUACGUGCUCUACACCACUAGAGGAAGCAUCAUUUUAUCAUGAUGUGUUGGACCCAAAUGAAGGCGAAGCAAAUGGCUUUUCAGCUACUAAAAGUCAUACAGUUCCUGUUGUAACUAUCAAAUGUGCUGCUUUUGCUGACGAAUCGAUAGAAGGUCUUGUUUCAACGAUUAAGAAAUUGACAUCGCUUUCCUCUGAAGAUGAGCAGCCAUGGAUGAAAUAUUUGCUGAGUGUCCUUAAUGGAAGGGACCAUCAUGAAAAUAUAAAAAUCUUUAUUUUAGUGGCCUUGUUAAAUUGUCAGAAGGAGAUUUUACCAUAUGCAAAAAUAUUUAUAAACCCAAUAUGCAAAGUUCUCAUGAGUACUAAUUGGAAGGACCCGUUAAACUACUUUGUCAAAGACGUUCUAGUUAUGUUACUGGAUUGGCAUGAAGUUGCUAUUCCCUCGUCAUCAGCAGUAGUAAGUGAGCAUGCUACCAAUCUUCGCAAAGAAAUGUGCGAAUUUAUCGUUGCCAACAUCGUACAACAGGACCAAGCCUAUUCUAGGAACGACCUUUUAGAAAUAAAUUUGCAUCUGUUAGAUGCAGUAGUUCGCCUUUGGAAAAUUGAAACGUCAGAAUUAAAUUCUUGUCCUGGGUUUAACUUUGUGGAUAGUCAAACACCAAAAGUAGGAAUUUUGCUUUGUAAGUGUGCUUUGAGAAAUAAUGUCCUACCAAGGGAGGAUCCCCUGACCCUAUUACGCCAGUUUUGUUCUUUGCUGGAGUAUUCAUCAAAACCGAUAUAUUCUGAUGCAGCUGAAAGUCUUGGACUCAUUCUAAGGCUAUUAAAGAAUGGCAACUAUCAGGAUAUUGAUAAAGUGUCUGACCAUGUCGUAAGAAAACUGAGGAAAGAACAAUCACGUCGCCCACCUGCAUUUCUUUUAAUACUCGAACAAAUUCAAAAGAAUUUUCCUCAGAUUGCUGGAGUGUUUCAUAAAGAAUUGCUAGAAAUGCUUGGGAAAAAAAGUUUUGACUCAUCAGGGAUCGACAUCAUCCAAAUUUUGUUUUCCUCUUUGCUAGUACAGUUGGAAAAUCCGGCGGAAAACCCCACAGCUGCAGUGAGAAGUUUCAUCUUUAACUUGAAUGGUCGAAAUGUAUUUAAUGCUACGUGCACUUCGCCUGCUGAAACAAUUCUUGGAGUUCGAAUUUUUGAAGAAGUUUUUGUCAAGUUUCCAAAUGCCCACCCUAUUGAAAUGUUUUUGAAAAUGGUGACUUGGUUGAGUAUAUUGCAACAAGAUACGGAAAAUACAUCACUACAAUCUCGGUAUUACAUUUGCAUUUCUAAAAUCUACUUUCAACCAAGUACAUUGGAUGCGGCGAAUAAAGAUCUGAUUUUGAAAGUGUUUAUUGAUGCCUUAAAGCACGAAAGCUCCGAAGUACGAAACACAAUCGAGGAAUUUUGGAUGGCAGUGCUCGAUGAUUGUAAAAAUCCUCAAGAUUUGCUAGUUAGACUCCUUGAACUUUAUGGGCAGAAGCAAAACUCAUUAGAAAUUAUUCUGGGAAGAAUUCUACAACGAUGUUCAGUCGCCCCAGAUUUUCAGAAAACUAUUUUUGACAAACCAUUAGAAGAUUGUGUUUUUCACGAAUUCAACCUAGAUAGAUCCUGGAGAACAAAACAAGCAAGUUUUCUACCAUUAUUUGCAGAAUCAAUCUCUUCACAACCACUGUCUACUAUUCCACAAGCUCUACAAGCAUCUGUAAUGCGACAGGGACAUCAUGGAGUCAACUUACUUCGUGCCAGUUUGUCCUUGUGCCAACAACAAUUUACCCAAACACUAGGCGUAGACAGCAGCAACAAAACUAACAUGGCGACAUGGAGCAAUCCUCUUUCUAAAAGCAUCACAUCAUUGGAAGAUGAAGAGCAAACCCAAAAACAAGCCAAUGCUCAUACAGAGAAAACUGAUAAUGAAUUGUCUCAGCUGAGGAAAAGAUUUUAUGUUCGUCCUGCGGAAUCUGCAGCUUUCUUUGCUGCAAGACAAGUAGGUCAACGCGAGAUGAAAAUGAAUGUGACGCUAGAUAAGCUAAAGUCUAAACAGAGCAUGAAAGUAACAAGGUCUUACAGAAUUGGCGAAAUACCAGAUAUUAUGAUAAAAUAUGCGGAUAUGUUAACAACUCUCAUUAAAUUGGGACAGUGCGAUUCUGAAUGUGCUCGUUUAAUCGUGGGUCAAAUAUUUUCAAAUGUUUUCAAUUCAAUAAUGGAAGAAAACAACAAGGUGCACCAUAUAUUCAACACUAUUCUUGAGACUCCAAAGAUUUCUGCAACUCUUGUUGCUACCAUUAUGGACAUAUCGAUUCGCAACAAAAUUUUAGUUUCAUCAAACUGCCUGGCGAACAUUUGCACACAGAAUGAUUUAUAUGAGCUUGGAAUUAUCAUGCUUGAAAACCAUCUCAGUAUUAAAAUGUUUGAAGAUCUCCCUUCGUCAUCAAAAAGGCGACGCGUGGAAACUCCAGGCAGCUUGGAAGCAGUAAAUGAAUCUGCAUUAUUGAACAUUGCCUGUCUGUAUUAUGAAUUGCAAGAAGUAGACGUGCUGAAAAACAUAUUUGUUCAAUUAUCGGGAAAAUCAAAGUCUAACAGUUUUUAUAAGACACUGUGCGCUUUAAACACUGAGUCGAUUGGAAAGGUUGACAUAGCCGCUGAGCAGUAUUUAGAACUAUUAGAUGAUCUUAAGAAAAAUUUCGGCGUACAAGAUCAAUACGUGAAUCUAAUUGAAUCGUCGUAUAUAAAGUGUUUAUCACAAUUGUCGGAAUGGGACAAGCUUAUGGACGUUGUUGGACAAUCCAUUUUCUCACCUGAACAAAAUGGUCUUCAUAAUAAAUAUACCGAAAAAAAAUUAUUAACUAGGGCAGGUCUCAUGUUAACAUUGGAAGAACAAACUCAUGCUAAUUUAUCAAAUGUGACUGAAUUUGUUCAGCAGCUUGAAAAGUUAGAUGGUCCCCCGAUUAACGUCGAGCAAGCGUUACUCUUACUUGGUGCUGACCUGAACAAUGCAAACAGAGCUACUGUGUUAUUGGAACAAUUUUGGCAAGCAGGAAUUACAACAUUUACGAAUUUUUCCCAUUUGUCACUGCCACAAAAAAAUGAACAAAUUCUGCAAUAUCAACUUGCAUCAACUCUUAGUGACAUGAUGUUGUGGCAAAAGGACCUCUGUGAAGAAAAUGUUGUGGAAAAGACGGUUCGUUUAGUUUCGAAAUUCAAAAAACUGAAUGGGAGCAACAUAUCCCCUCUAUUUAAUUCUGGAAUAGUGACCAAGACUAGGUCGUGCUUCGUGAAGAAGUUGUUAUAUCACGAGUUGCUCGUUGAUGACUACCAAUGUUCAGAAAAAUUGAGUUUACUAAAUUUUCACCAGCACCUCUGGAUGCUUUCGCUUAGUACCAGGGAUCAGCUCUGUACGGUGUCAAAUAAGUACCUUGAUUCGUCAAGACAAUUAGGAAGUAAUGUCAGUGCGGAUGACUUUCUUGAGUGGAGAAAGUCUUAUGCUGCAUACUUGGAUUGCUUUUGCCAGUCUUUGCCACUAAAAGAAUGGAUGCCAAUGUGGGGAUCAGCCUAUAAGAAAAUCAGGAUUGAUUCGUCUACCUGUGAGAAGAUAAACCCCACCAGUAUAAUUGAAAUGCAUAGUCAUCUGCUAAAAAGUUUAGUUGCUUGUACUAGAGAAAAUAAGAUUGCAAAUGCAUCUUUCCCAAUUAUUAAUAAAUCUAUGGGCAUCAAGUCAAAUUCAACUAUUAUAAAAGUAGUGCAGACUGGAACAAAAAUAGUAUUUGAUCUAGUAAAACAUCCCGAAAAUAAGGAGAAUAUGAGUCCAGAAGCUAGUCUACAAUUGUAUUAUUUGAUGGAAGAAUUGUUGAGGAGUUUUCCAGAUACAUAUCCAAGCAAUGAUGAUAGUUUGACAAUCUUGCUAGAAUCACUCCUGCGGAGCAUGUCUACCGAAAAUGAUGAUGUUACAUUACGGUUUCCUCGUUUACUGGAUUUGAUUCAGAAAAAUUUUCAGCUUCGUACAACCUUUUCUACUUUGUGGAACAUUAUUCCCACCUGGAAAUUUCUGCCUUGGCUUGAUCAAAUAAUGACGACCUACAAUGGAGAUCCAGAAAUGAAUCAACUCUUUUUGCCAAUAGUGCAGAAAAUUGCCAAAAAGUACCCGGACGCUUUAAUGUUGCAAUACAAUAAUUGCAUUCCGGGCUAUCAAGAUCAUCACGUUGAUUAUGUCAAGAGUUUGAAAGCGCUGGUAUUCCCAACUAUACUUCAUAAGGCUGCGUUGGACGAAAUUUUACUUAAAAUUAAAGAGAAAGAUGUGUCGGUUCUUCGAGAUUCAAUUUUAAAUUUCCAACAAGUAAUUCAAGAUAUUUUGAGUCAAGAAAAUAUUUAUGGAUCGAUUCAUAUUAAUUUUGCCAGAGAGAUAUGGGGACACUUGUCGCAAUAUUUAACCGAAAUUGGAGAUGAUUUUCCCAUGGCAGGUGAUGAUAAAACUGAAAAAUCUCUUGCUAGCUUGAAAACCGGAAUUGAGGAAGCAAGAAAACACGAGAAGCGAAUUUUUCCGGACCAGAGUGGUAGCAUGAAAAUUAAACAGUUGAAUGAAUUCUCCCCUUGGUUGGCAAGUUUUCAUCACAUUCAAAUGGAAGAGGUUAUUAAAUUUCCUGGAUUGCACGAUAAAUUAUCGAAGCCUGAUGUGAAUUCCCAUCCGAGUAUUGUUUCAUUUAAUCCUACUGUGCAAAUUUAUCGAUCUCUUACCUUUCCUAUUCGUAUGAGUGUUUUGGGCAAUGAUGGGAAAAGACAAAGCUUCUUGACUAAAUAUGGGGAUGACCUACGCCAAGAUCGAAGAAUUCAACAGUUGCUCCGAGUUGCCAACAACUUUUUUUCUAAUAAUUCACAAACUCGUGAACGGAAAAUUAACAUUGUUACAUAUUCGGUCAUUCCCCUAACAGAGUCAUUUGGUAUCAUUGAGUGGCUAGACAAAACAUUGAAGGUUUCAUCGUUUAUAUUGAAUACCAAACAAUUGGAAGGACAAAUGAACACAGCCGCCAUGUCACAUCAAGGUUGGCUAGAGAAAACAAGUGGCCUCAAGCCACCAGCGCCACUGCAUCAUAUUUAUGCUGGUGCUGCGAAAAACGCCUCUCGACAGAAUGCAGAGUUUCAUUUCGAUUCUCUCGUCUCAACCACACCAAACUCUUUGUUCUCGGAACACUUGAUGGAGCGAUGCAAAAGCUAUGAGCAGUUUUUCAAGGUCCGACAAAACUGUAUUCGGUCAUAUGCUGCAAUGUGCCUUGUCCACUGGUUACUUGGGAUUGGCGACCGACAUUUACAGAACGCACUACUUUCUCUGGAAACUGGCAAAGUCAUUGGUAUAGAUUUUGGAAGAGCAUUUGAGACAACUAAUACUGACCAACCUAUUCCCGAAAUGAUUCCAUUCCGCUGCUCUCCAAAUUUCCAGAACCUUAUGAUGCCAUAUGGAUACAAGGGUUUGUUCCGGGAGACAAUGUGUAUUGUGUGGAGAUGUCUUCUUCAAGGGUCAGACACGAUCUUAUUCAUUAUCAACACGCUGGUCAACGAACAUAAUAUAAAAUGGACAGGAGUUCGAAAGGAAAAGCUGCCUUUUGAAAGUGUUCUGGAAAAGCAACUCGUCGAAUGGCUACCAAUGCAGACAAUCAAGAGGAAACUUUUAUGUGAAAAUCCUACGAACAUUCUGUUGAAAACUCUGGAAAAUAACCCAUGGAAAGAUAUCACUCCCGUUUACUGUGAUAUUGUCAAGAAUAGUAGAGCGGAUGAUGAAGGUGUCUUCACACAUGAACAAGUAAUUGAUUGCCUGCUGGAUUUGGCUACGGAUAAGAAUAUACUUGCAAGAUUGUAUGUCGGGCUACUCUCAUGGAUAUAGUUUCUCAAGUCAAAUGCCAAAAAAACAAAAUAAUUUAACAAAACAUUUUCUUAAACUUGAUAAUCUUCAUAACUUAAUAUGCUAUAUUUGUAUUUACAUACUUCUAAUACGACUUUUCAUGUCAAAACGAGUUGAAAACUUGAAUUAAACAAUUCCUCUCGUUGAAAUA